GGUAAAUUCAAUCCCUCAUCAUUUUUUCUCCGGUCUUUCCCAAUUUUCCCGCACACGUUACACUGACUGACAGAAGAAAGGGACAUGCUCUCCAAUUUCAAACGCUACCAUCGAUGCCCUCCGAAAUCCUCCUCUUGAUGUCGCCGGCAUUUGCCCCGCAGACGAGCUCUACAAGGGCUAGCUCCUUCCCAUCCACCCAUCUCUCGAUGGUCCGCGCUCUCCUCCCGUUCCACUGCGACUUCUCCUCCGGCUACUCUAGCUCCGCCGCUGACUACCUCGAGCUCAAGCGCUCACCGGAGACCCCAAAUCCAAGCCGUCGUCGAUCCAAGUACUUCUUCAUUCCCAAGAUCUUCUGGAAAUAGCAUAAUCGCCCAAGGUGUCGCCACCUCACUCCGACAGUUUCGACGCCAUGAAGAGCGUGAGCUAUGGCGCGAGGGGAAUGAUUCGCAGAUACCUAAAUGAAAUUUGUGGUUAUUUUACACGAUUGAACUUUCGGCUGCUCAAUUCCCAGUUAUUGAUGUCAUCCAAUUGUGUUCCUCAUCAUCUUCCAUGGAUGCUCAGCUACUCAACCUUUGAUAAAUGGGAGCAAAGUGGUCCUUGCCGGUUUCUGUUGUGUUGCAUUCUGAUGGCUGGAGCCUAUGUCUUUGGAAAAGCAAUUUUGUGGAUUAAGUAUCAAAUAUCAGCACAACAUUUACAUCCAAUUUGUGAGAAUCUGAACAGCGAAGAGCUCACGAAUGAGGAGAAGGAAGCAUUGGCUGCACAAUAUGCAACUGAAACAACUCUUACAAGGGUUUAUGCAACUCAAAAGGAUGAUGAUUCUGUUCCCAUUGAGUUAGUCGUUGCUCCUGAACUUAAGAUGCAUAAAAAUGAGCGGCGGCGGAACGGGGCCGAGGCGGUGGCCGCACCUCUUGGAAAAGCGUGGCAAGUUGUCGGAGGAGAAGGUUGCUGCUUGGCAGCUGCAGAGGUAGCAGCUCAUGAAGAAGUGUCUAAGCUUGGCUUGGUAUACUUUGUGAUAGUGCGUGUUAUCGCUGUCAGCACAUUAGCAAAAUUUGGGGCCACAAUCGACUCCUUGAAAAUUGCAAUGAGGACAAAAUCGAUGGAUCAGAGUCCUUUAAUUGAAAUUACUUCGGAAGGCUUGAUCAGAUUCUUCUCAAUGGGAACAACAUUUCGAUUCACCAAAUUCAACAUGUUCACAACAAUUUCAUCAACAAAAUCACCAAACUUCAGCAACAAACUCACCAAAUUCCAAUCAGCAAUAAGUUCAACAAAUUUCCUCAACGAGUUCACCAAAUUUCAGCAACAUUUCAGUACUUUAAGCCAAAAAAUUAAGUAUUUAACAGGACCGGGAAUGGACCCGAGAAUGGAUGGAGAUGGGGAAACCGGGAAUGUGAUACAGACCCAGAAAAUUGCAGGGGCCAGGGAGGUCAGAGAUCGGAGAAUCUUCAGCCACUUCAAGCUUGGUGACGAAGAAGUGAAAGCAGAGCAUGGACUUGUGGACACCAAAGAGAAGAACGGCCAAACGUACAUUGGCUGCUUUAGUCUUGAGACUAAAUACAUCUUGGAUCUGCUUACUCGCACUCAUAUGCAAGACUCCAAGACGUGUCCCACACCCCUUGCAUCUGGAUUAAAGCUCUUUGCAUACGAUGGUGCUACUCUUGAUGAUGCAACAGACGUAGUAAAAAAUCGAAUUAUUUUCAUCUUGUCGAAUACCUCUCGCUUGUUAACCAACUCUAAGCACGGUGUCGCUAUAGACAACUUAGGGGCUAGGUUGUCAAUUUACGAUUUCCCUUUGAGUAUUAUCAUACGCGUGGCCCGUCUGCGAUUUUUGGGAGCUCAGGAUUCGAAUACCACUGUAGUGAGUGCUGCUAAUGGGCUUAUGAGUACUAGGAUUCACUCCUAA